AGGCUCCCAGGCAAGUGGCUGUCAGAAAGGUUCCGCUCCACAGGCCAGAGUGCCUGCACUCACUCCACUGGCCAGGGUGGCUGUGUCCCAGUCAUCCUGGUCUCCUCCGCUAUGUUCCUGCGGCACCCCUGGGUGCCCGGACUUCUCACCUGGCAGCAGUUGUGGUUACUGGUCCUGGUGGCUCCAUUUCCAGAAAAGCAUUGGAUCCUGCUGACCACCAAGCCCUCAGAGCCCAGGGAGCCCUGGUCUUUGCCUGAUCUCCUGCCGGAAUUGUCCAACGCCCUUACUGCUCAGACACAGCCGGAGGGCUUUGGUAAAGUAGCAUCCUCUGAUCCCUCCCAGGGCUUGGCUCCACCUCUAAAAUCCCCUGAACGAAUUGGACUUUCUCAGGUCCAACCGGAGGCCCACACUGGAAAUCAAACGACUGUAAAGGCCCAGUCCUCUUCAUCUCACCAGGAAGCCAAAGAUGACCUCUUGCAGCCCCCUGAGGAAGCUAAACCUUCUCUAACCCAGCAGGACACCCAAGAUCAGUAUGAACUUGGUCCUGAAGAGGGUAUAGAUCAGCUGUUGAUACACCAGGAGCCAAAUGCUCCAUCUCCCCAUAGGAAUAAAGCGCAUCGUUUGGACAUGCUAUUUGUCACAGUGAGACCUGUGGACACGGAGCUUACCAAAACUGCAGAGGCAGAAAAGGAGCCACAACCUACUUCAAGCCAGGAGCAGGCCCCAGCCCAGCCUGCACAGAGUCCUGAGGAGGUGAAUCUUUCCUCAACCCAACAAGAGGUCCUGCCUCAGAGUGCAGAGCUCUCUAAAGAGGUGAAAACUUCCUCCACCCAACAUGAGCCCCCAGCUCAGCCUCUACGCCCUCUUGUGAGGGCUAAAUCUUCUACCACUAAGCACACAGAGACAGCUCAACCUUCUGAGUCUUCUGGGGCAGAAGAAUCUUCUGCAAGCCAGUCAGAAGGCUCAGUUCAGCCCACACAGAACACUGAAGAACUGAAAACUUCUCCAACCAAGCUGAAGCAACCACGUAAGUUUAAAGGGCAUCAUAAGAAAAGAGUGUCAACUCCAGAUCACCACCAUGCUAAGCAUCCACACUUGCCCCUCGUGACUGGUAAACCCCCAAAUCUACAGUUUGCUAUAAGCCCAGAACCCACCAAAGAGGAGGGGAUCUUUCAAACCCAUCCUGAGGGUACAGUUCAACCCUUGGCUCCAGUGAUUGAUGUGGAAUCUUCUAUAAGUCAUCAAGAGGACCCCGAUCUGCUUCCUGAGCCCUCUGAAGGGGCCGAGCUCUUACCGUUUCAACAGGAGGCUUCAGCUCAGUCUUCAGAACCUGACCAGGAGGAGACUACGGUUGGCAAUUCACAGACUUCUGAGGAGGAUGAACCACCUUUGACCCCUCAGGAGCCAUCUUUGAGCUUAGCUCAGCCUCCAGAACUGCAUGAGGCAGCAGCUUCUCCUCUGGGUGAUGAUCAAGUUCAGCCUCCAGCGUUGAACAGUGUUACUGUUACAUCUGCUGAGUCAUCCAGUGAGGUUGAAAUUGCAAGUUCACCUGAACAGGAGCCUCCAGCUCAGUUCUCAGUGUCCCCUGAGCAAUUUGAACCUCUCAGAGACAGUGAAGAACUUAUAACUCAGCAGGCAAACCCUGCCAUACAAGAUGAAAACUCUCCAUUAGAUAGCGGGCUCUCAACUCCACCUGCAGAGCUGCCUAGGGGACAUUCUACAAGCCAGCUGGGGAGCUCAUCUCCAUUCCCAGACUUCUCUGCCAAUGGAGCAGUUUCACCAAGCCAGCAAGAGUUCUCAGAUCAGUCUUCGGAAACCCUCAUGAAAUUUACUGCUUCUCUUUUUCUGACAAAAAGUGUAACAUUUUCAACCCAAUGGUCAGAGCCAUCUGAGGACACAGAACUAUCUUCAGUCCCUCAGGAGGGUGCUGCUCCAUCUUCAGAGCCACCAAACAAGAUGGAACCUUCUGGAGCUCAGGAGAUGACCACACCUCAGCCUGCAGAACUCUCUGAGAUAGAAGAAACAUCUCCUGCACAGCAGCAAGCCAUGGCUACCCUUCUAAAUCCUUCUGAGGAGGGAGAACUUUCUUCAACCCAGCCCAUGUUGCCGUCUCAGCUUCCAAAUGAGAGAACAACUCACCCUCCGUCUCAUGAUGAGAUGACAGUUUCAACACCCUCAGGGUCAAGCUUGACAGUCACGUUUAAUCCCUCAGACUUACAAGUCACCUUUAUUACAGAACCUAGUGUAGAGGAUGAGCUUUCCACAGUCAUGAAGAAGGCUACAUCUCUCCCUCCAAAGCACCACACGAGGACGCUUCCACCUCCAACCGAGGCUCAGGCUCAGCAUCCAGAGCUCAGUCUGAUCACAGUUCGACCUUUGCGCCGGAAGCUUGACAAAACUUCACAAAUGAGUACAACCGUUAGGCCUUCUCCAACUGUGCAGGAGACCCUAUCUCAGCCUCCAGAACCACCUAAGGAAACUGACAUUCAAACUGCAGUGCCUCAUAAGGUCAAAGUUUUGACUCCAGGUCUGGAGCCAGCUCAUUAUCCAACAUCACCCAGGGUCACAGAGCAACAUUUGAACCUGGAGCUCACAACUCCAGCACCCUCUAUAGAGGCUCAGUAUUCUGUAGGCCUGCAGAAAGCUGUGCCCUCUCCAGAGCACCCUCAGGUGACACUUGUACACCUGAAGCAGACACAGGCUCAGCAUCCAGACCUGGAUGAAGUCACUGUUGAGUCUUUGGAUGUGGAACUUACGAUCACUGAGUAUUCUGUCAGUUAUUCUACAGGAAAGACUUUCGGUGGGCAAGAGAAGCAGAAGGCCAGGACAAACACCGACAUAUGUGAGCUCUGUUCCUGUGAAGAUGAGACCUUGUCGUGUACUGGUCUCAGCCCAAAGCAGAAGCUCCAGCAAGUGCCUGUACUAGAACCCAACUCCUCUUUCACCACCAUAAACUUCCAAGAAAACUCUAUUUUUUACCUUGCUGAGAACAUUUGGACAACAUACAAGUGGGCUCAGAAACUAAAUCUCAGUGAAAAUGACCUGACUGAAUUACAUAAAAAUUCCUUUAAAGGCCUGCUGUCCCUCCAGUAUUUAGAUUUAUCCUGCAAUAAAAUACAGUUUAUUGAAGCACAGACAUUUGAACCACUACCUUUUUUGCAGUUUAUAAAUCUUCGCUGCAAUUUACUCACACAACUGGGCUUUGGAACAUUUCGGGCAUGGCACGGAAUGCAGUUUUUACAAAAAGUCAUCCUCAAUCAUAAUCCUCUGGCAACUGUUGAAGAUUCCUAUCUUUAUAAAUUGCCAGCAUUAAGAUAUCUAGACUUGGGGACAACGCAUACCCCGCUUCCAGUGGUCGAGAACAUCCUCAUGAUGACACUCGGAUUGAAAACGCUGAUCGUACCAAGGCACAUGGCCUGCUGCCUCUGCCAGUUCAAAAGUAGUAUCGAGGUUGUCUGUAAAACAGUCAAGCUGCACUGUGACAACGCCUGUGAGACCAAUGCCACACAGUGUCUUGAGGAAGCCCCCAUAGGAAACACAGAAGGGGCAUUCAUGAAGGUGUUACAGGCCCGGAAGAAGAACACCAAGACCGAGCUGGUGAUCGAGCCUGAAAAGCCAUCUUCAGAACAAAGCGAUGCCAACUGGUCGGACUUCAAGGACGAGGAGGAUGACUCUAAUGACGAAAGCGAAGUGAUCGGGGCCCUCAAUUACAUAUUGCCGUAUUUCUCAGAGGAGAAGCUAGAAGAUGUGAACUCAUUACUGCCAUUCAUUCGACUGCUUUUUUCAAAGGUACACAAUGACGCUCAUUCCCAGGGUGAUUUGACAGGCAACAGGCAGAGCCCCUCUCAUCAGCAACCUGGGUCCACCAGUUCGGCUUACAAAAAUGAGCUGAAGAAGCUGUAUUUUCUACGAAACUGGUUAAAUGCAGAAAUUCAGGGUAAAAUUGAGGAGGUUAAGAAGAAAGAGAAAACAGGCAAGCUUAUGCCGUCCAGCCUCUCAAGUUCUGAAUUUCAAAGCAUUCCCAAGAGUUUGGCAGGUGCUCAAGCACAGGGGAACAGCCUGGUAGAGGAUCAGCACAGAAGUCGGAGCCUGCGGACAGUGGACCAGCUCCUCAAGGGCCCGAAGGGCAUACGGAAAAGGCUGCUCAAGGAAAGGCAGAAACGAGCCCGGGAGAAGCUGAGCAUUCAGCCGCCCCUGGAACACACCGCAGAUGAGUGGAGCCUCAGCAGGCCCAGCACAGGGAAGCGCGGGCAGAAGGAGAGGGUGCUGAGGCCUCGGAACUCCGCCAAGGUGAAGCUGUUCCCUAUAGAACAGAAGGCACCGGUGCCUUCCUCUCUGCAGGGUCUCGAGCCGGGCAGCUCACCCAUCUCCACUUCUGCCAGUGAGCUGGGGGGUGCAAAACACUGGGUGAAAGACCUCAGCAGCAGCAUUUUGCUUUUAGAACACGCCGGUGCUAGAGUUAAAAGCAUGAAAGCUGCGAAACCAAUCUUAGCUUCCCAAGAAAGCUUUUCUGAAACUCACACUCUCAUGCCCCACAGAACGCCCCAGCCCAGGCCCAGGGAACCACUUGCGAAGAAAAGUGUCCGCCAGAGGCUGAGGAGCGCAGAGAGGCCUCUGUUCUGGGCUCUGAGGAGCCUCAUCCACUCCCCACCGCAAGGGCUGCCCUCUUCCUCGGGAGACUUGAGUGCCCCGGAGAACGGCCUCUCCCAGUUACACGCUCAGGCCAAAUCCUCCGGAGGAGGCACUGCCGCAGGAAACCAAACCGAAGGAAACACCCCUGCAAGAAAUGUUCCUGCCUCACCCGUCUACGCCCCGGUUUCUGUCGUGACUGCCCUCACCCUGAUGUCCAGCGAUGACCACACCAAUGACAUGAGCUUGGGGUACCCCAGCACCAGCGCCCCCUCGCCCCUCAACGACCUCUCUUUCCCCUCGCUGCCGUCGCCCGGGGAUCAGUUUGAGAGCCAGCUAAACCAGCAGCUUCACGUCCUCAUUCCCAACAAGGAGGUGAGGAAGCUCAUUUCCUACGUUAUCCGCACUUUGAAAAUGGACUGCUCCGAGCCCCGCGUGCAGCUGGCCUGCGCCAAGCUCAUCUCCAGGACGGGGCUCCUGAUGAAGCUGCUCAGCGAGCAGCAGGAAGAGAAGGUGGCCCAGACACAGUGGGACACGGAGCAGUGGAAGAGCGAGACCUACAUCAACGAGAGCGCAGGAGAGGCGGGCGGUCAGAAGGGGCAGCGGGGGUCCAAGGGCGAAGAAAGGACGCAGGACGUCCCAGGCCAUGGCUUGAACAACAAGCUCAUUAUUGUCAUAUCCGUAACGGUGGUCGUGAUGCUUCUGAUCUUCAUUUUAUGUCUCAUCGAGAUUUGUUACCAUAGAACAGCUUCGGAGCAAGAAGGGUCCUCAAGGGGCUUUUUCCGUCGAAGGAAGCCCACACCAGACCAGAGUCAGGAGGGCUUCUCCUGGUUUUGGAGGACACUGUUGCUUAGGAACCUGAAGAGACCCGCCACCCGCCAGCAAACCGCGGCGCGGAAGGAACACGACUCCUCCGAUGAGGAAGUGACGACCACCAGGGACACCGAGGAGCUCAGCGAACCCAUGGAAGAGGAGGCGCUCACAAAGUCCACGGUCUCAGAGCCCCAGCCCGAGCCCGCGCCCAAGGAGGAGCCCCCGCCGACAGAAGAGUGACCCCGUCCUCCCUCGCGGUGACCAGCAAAUUUUAUUUUGACAUUGCUUAUACAAUAAUUAAUUACCUUUCUCAGAUUACAGUAUAUGAAAUUCGAAAUAAAGUAAAAGGCACACACGUG